AUGAGUCGCGAUAUUAAGGAUUUGAACACAUCGCAAGCUUGUUCCGACCGAAUCACAAAGGACGAGAUACCAUCUCAGCUCACCGAUGAUGGAAAAGCACAAAUAGCCAAUGCCGACAGCGGUUCCAGCACACAAAUAGCAGACCAAAGCGACGCCGAAAGCAUAGGCGGCCAACGCAACAGCGAUCUCCCCCGCAAACGCCUCCUAAUCUCCAUAACCGCCCUCUCAGUAUGCCUCUUCGUAUCAUUCCUCGACCAAACCAGCGUGUCAACAGCCACUCCCUCCGUAGCCGGCGAGCUCAAAACGGGAACUUCAACGUCAUGGAUCGGAACUUCGUUUUUGAUAGCGUCGACGGCAUUCCAGCUUAUCAACGGUCGACUUUCGGAUAUUUUUGGGAGGAAGAAUAUGCUAUUGCUUUGUUUGUUUCUUAUGGGUGUUGGUGAUUUGGCUUGUGGCUUUGCAAAGACGCCGGUGCAGUUGUAUGUUUUCAGGUCGAUUGCUGGUGUUGGUGGUGGGGGGAUUAAUAGCUUGGUCAUGAUUAUUGUAAGUGAUAUCACGUCACUGCAAAAUCGUGGGUAUUAUCAAGGAAUGCUGGGAGCCAUCAUCGCGCUUGCCAAUGGCGUUGGACCCUUCUUAGGCGGUGCGAUCGUUCAAUCUGCGACUUGGCGAUGGGUCUUCUGGAUGAUACCCAUCAUCACUCUACCCACUACAGCAAUUAUCUGGUUCUACCUCCCUCUCAAGCAUCGAUCCGGAGAAUACAUGGCGAAGAUAAAAAAGAUCGACUACGGAGGCAUCGUUCUCAACAUUGCAUCGACACUACUACUUCUGAUCCCCAUAUCUGGAGGAGGCGUCACAUAUGCCUGGACAUCAGCGUUCUUCAUUGCCACCGUCAUCAUCAGUAUCUUUCUAGCCGUCCUCUUCGUUCUGUUUGAGUGGAAAUUGGCAAAACUGCCAAUCAUGCCUCUUCGACUCUACCGCGCGCCCCAUUGCUGGGCGCUGUAUCUGCAGUCUUUCUUGACGGGUUUGGCUUACUUCGGUAAUUUCUUCUAUCUACCGCUGUACUUCCAGUCGGUCCUUGGAUAUGACGCGCUGGUCGCCGGUGCUCUGAUCUUAGCGGUCGUCAUUCCGACAUCGCUCACGUCUAUCCUUUCGGGGCAGUACAUGAGUCGCGUCGGAAGUUACAUGCACUGCAUCCUAGCUGGUUUCGCUCUAUGGACGCUUGGAAAUGGCCUCACGCUUAUUUUCGAUCGGAAAACGAAGCUAGGGCCUCUAAUAGGCAUUCUCAUCGUUGAGGGCGCAGGUAUUGGGUUCACUCUGCAGCCUACACUCGUGGGAAUGUACGCGAAUGGUCGCAGCGAGGACAGAGCAGUGACGACUGGCUUGCGGAACUUUAUCCGCACAAUCGGCGGCGCAUUUGGCGUUGUCAUUUCAGGCGUUAUUCUAUCAAACACGCUGAACAAAGAGCUUGGAGGAAGGGGUAUCGUGUCCAACGACACGAUCGCUCAAUUAACGUCAUCGACAUACUCGUUGAGCAGUAUGGGCUUGUCGCAGCAGGAUCAGGAUAUCAUUCUGGAUGCAUACAUGAAGGGUCUGUACUACACAUUCCUCUUCUUUACGGUAUGCACGGGACUAAGUCUGCUUCUGACGUUUUGGGUUGGGAACACGAGCCUCAAAUCGCCAGCGAAAAGUGAGGACGCGUCAGGUUCAGCAGAUCGAGAGAUGACGGAAGAGGAUGAGAGACCUGGACAGGUUGAUCUCGAAAAGGCGCAGCGAUAG